GCAGGAAUGCCGGGUCAACGUCACUUGAUGCUGAGACUGGUGAAUAAGCCUGAAUAAGCCGGAGAAUCCUCUUCUUGGUGCAGUCUGAAACCAGGUCCAACCACAGGAGGAACUUCAUUGGGCCAGUCAUGACCUGUGGAAUUUAGAGACUGAGCAUGCUGUUUAGCUGAGCUGUCCCUGAAAUGCUGCCUCAGUCGGAGUGUGGCUUGAAGGAAAGGGGAAGUUUAGUUUUAAGCCAGAUCUUCAAGAAAUGAGACGAAUUUAAGAGGGAAAGAAUUCUGAAGCAGCUGCAGCGUAAAGGUGGCAGUGAUGCUAACACUGGCAAGCAAACUGAAGCGGGAUGACGGUCUCAAAGGGUCCCGGACAGCGGCCGCCUCGGCGGACUCCACGCGGAGGGUUUCUGUGAGAGACAAGUUGCUUGUUAAAGAGGUUGCAGAACUUGAAGCUAAUUUACCUUGUACGUGUAAAGUGCAUUUUCCCGAUCCAAACAAGCUGCACUGCUUUCAGCUAACCGUAACCCCAGAUGAGGGUUACUACCAGGGAGGAAGGUUUCAGUUUGAAACUGAAGUUCCUGACGCGUACAACAUGGUGCCUCCCAAGGUGAAAUGCUUGACCAGGAUCUGGCACCCCAACAUCACAGAGACGGGGGAAAUAUGUCUAAGUUUACUGAGAGAACAUUCAAUUGAUGGCACUGGCUGGGCUCCCACAAGAACAUUAAAGGACGUUGUCUGGGGAUUAAACUCCUUAUUCACUGAUCUUUUGAAUUUUGAUGAUCCACUGAAUAUCGAAGCUGCAGAACAUCACUUGCGGGACAAGGAGGACUUCCGGAAUAAAGUGGAUGACUACAUCAAGCGCUACGCCAGAUGAUACAAGGACAUGGCAGGCUGGGGACCGCGCAGCCUUCCUCCUGUCUGGACCCUCAGCCCCACAGGAUUGUUCCCGUCCUGUGACCGCACUGUCCUGGCGAAGACUGUCCUCCUGACUGCCCACUGUAGAUGGAGAGUGCAGCAUAAAUACAGCGAGAAAGUGUGUCUGGGCCUCUA